AUGACGUUCGGCGCUCCUUCGCAUCGUAUCGAGUCCCAGCUCGUCGCGGCAGCCCGCAUCCUCGAGGUGGAUGCGUCUUUCAUCCAUCUCCCCUCCGUGAUCAUCUGUUCCUUCGGUGACAGCGACACAUCGACCUCCGAGACGCAUUUCAUCAAGUGCUCAAGCGGCCUCUCGCUGGGAUCCUUGCACAGGGUGCAUACCAUCUACCGUGCGGUCGUGCACGACGAAAUCAGCGCCCGCAAGGGCACAGAGCAACUCGAGUCGCUGCUCGCCGAACGCCCCAUAUAUCCCGUGUGGAUGCGUUGUUGCCUGAGUUUCUGGCUCAGUGUCCUCAUCUGCCCGCUCGCGUUUGGUGGUAGCUUCGUGGACAUGUGGAUUUCUGGGAUCGGUGCGACUUGUCUCACAUUCCUCCAGCUGCGCGUCGCAAGCCGCAGCGCUAUGUAUGCGAAUGUAUUCGAGAUCACGGUGGCCAUGCUUAUGUCGUUCACUGCGCGCGGUCUAAGCAGUAUUCGAAGCGAUAUCUUCUGCUACACCGCCAUUUCGUCAGCUGGUAUCAUCGGUAUUCUGCCGGGUUAUCUCAUCCUGAGUUCCUCGCUAGAGUUGGCAUCCAAGAACAUCAUCUGCGGCUCCGUCAAGAUGGUGUAUGCGCUUAUCUACACGCUCUUCCUCGGUUUCGGCCUGCAGAUCGGAUCGGAUCUCUACCUGCUCUUCGACUCAAACGUCAUAGACGGUUGUUUCCGCCAGGGCGACUGGCCGUGGUACCUCCGCCCGUUCCCGAGCUGGACAGAGUACAUCAUCGUGCCCAUCUUCUCGAUCUUGUCCAGUCUCGCGAAUCUGCAGCCGGCCAAGUCGAAGGAGCUCGUCGUGAUGGUCGUCAUCAGCUGCGCGAGCUACGCCAGCAACAAGGUCGCGAAUCACUACAUCUUCAACCGCAGCGACAUUGUCAGUGCUAUCGGAGCAUUCACGGUCGGUCUGCUGGGCAAUAUGUACUCGCGCAAGAUGGGUGGUACCGCUUUCACGAGCAUGGUCACUGGUGUACUCUUCCUGGUGCCGAGCGGUCUGUCGCAAUCCGGAGGCAUCACCGCGCACGGUAGUGGUGUUGACAUUGGAGGUGCAAUGAUAUCGGUCACGAUCGGUAUCACGGUCGGACUGUUCAUGAGCCAGGCGCUUGUGUACAUGUUCGGUUCCCGCAAGAACGCCGCCGUUUUCUCUUUCUAA